AUCGUAUGUUAGAAAGAGACGCUGGUUUUGUUUCGGGUGGCGAGGACGACGAUUCAUGCUCGGGACCUGCGCACUCAGAUGACUCCGGAGUUCGGCUGGUGGAGUCUGAGACCCGGAACAAGCGGGAGCGGACACCCAGCCGACUCCAGCCUCCAAAGAAACGAAUACGCCUCAGUUCCAGUGAUGACGUGGCCAGCCCCGACAGUGACUCGCAGAACCCGUUUCGGCCGUGGUCUUUCACCGAAGAACCGCAGAGAGAGCCUUUGUCUUUAGUCAAGAAAAGCGGUGAAACUAGUCUUUUGAGGCAAAGGAGGAGACCGCUAGAUCCCCCUCCGCCCCCCGUACCGCCAAUUCCCCCGCCGCCCGAACCGCAAGGACUUCCGAGAGUGCCCCCUCAUCCGGGAGUAAUGGAGUACCCUGAAAAAUCAAAACCUAGGGAGCAAAGGAAUUACAAGAACAUGACCCGCGAGAGACGGAUAGAAGCCAAUGCCAGGGAAAGGACGAGGGUCCAUACCAUAAGUGCGGCGUUCGACACGCUAAGGCGUUCCGUUCCCGCCUACAGCCAUAACCAAAAGCUAUCGAAGCUUUCGGUUUUAAGGAUAGCGUGCGCGUACAUUGCGGCACUUUCCGCAGUCAUCGAGCCGGACAGUGACCUCAACAACGCAGUGAUAACGUGA